AUGACUGGCUGUAACCCUUCGACAAUUCCCACCGAUCCUAACUCACGUCUCACCAGAGCCGAUUGCCCGAAGAACACUGGUCGGCCUCCAAUGGAUUCGACAUAUUACCGAUGCGCAGUCGGCGCCCUCCUGUACAUCGGUCGGAUGACUCGGCCCGACAUUCCCUUUUCAGUAAACGCGGCCUCCCGAUUCGGUGAAGACCCAGGAAAACCCGCUUGGUCAGCAGUUAAACGCAUCCUUUCCUACUUGUCUGGUACCUCAGACUAUGGCAUUCGUUAUGACGGGACACAGGACAAUACUCUCACUGGCUACAGCGACUCGGACUACGCAGGUUGUCCCGACACCAGUCGGUCCAUCAGUGGCCUGCUCUUCAUGCUCAACAUCGGCCCAAUCUCAUGGACCAGUCACUUGCAAAAAUCAGUGGCUCAGUCAACCUAUGAGGCAGAGUAUUAUGCCGCCGGCCGUGCAUCUCGUGCUAUUGUCUGGCUGAGAAAACUUCUCGAUCAGUUAGGGUUCAGACAACCGGAACCUACUCCCCUUCUCUGCGACAACAAUAGUGCCAUCUCUAUGGUGCUAAAUCCGGUCUUUCACGAGAAAGCCAAGCAUAUUAGAACCAAACAUCAUUACAUACGAACUCAACAGGAGAACGGUACUGUCAAAAUGAUCAAAGUUCCGUCCGAAGACCAACUGGCAGACUGUCUAACCAAGCCUCAACCGACGGCCUACUUUCAGCUGAACAGGUCCCGCGUAGGCGUCCGACCGGCUCCGCAACAAGUGUCGAACAAUUUCAAUUAA